GGAAUUAGACGUUUGUCCUUCGUCUCGCCACCAUAAUACCACAACACAACUCCGCAAAUACUCAAAAGUGUGCUAAAUGCGAUAACCUUUCGCCCAUGAAAUUUGCGUUCCAAUAGAUGCUCCGUUCCAAAUUUUGUUUGUUGUCUUUUUGAAUUGCUUAUCACCUUAUCACGCAGCGGAAAUUUGAUGUUUGGAGUAUGCAUCAUGCUCACGGUAGUCAAUUAUUAAACAGUUCUUGUCGAGUACAGUUGUUCAUUACAUCCCGUUGAAGAUCUUCUACCGAAAGCGAUCAUGUUGAAUUGGAGAGUAUUUCUGUUUGUUGCAGUGACCGUGUUUCUCUUUGUGCAGUUCGACACUGCUGAAUCCUCUCCGUUCAACGAUUUACAACCAACUGGGCGACCGGCCACGGCUGGUCAGGCAUUGAAGAAUAUUCUACAGCGUGCCAUCGGUGAUAAUUCUUCCGACGAGAGCAAACCAAGCGCCGGCAGCAGCGAGGAGCAGUUCCGGCCCUACCAUGGGUAGGUGAGAUUGGCGCCUAUUACCAUCACGUUUACCCUAUGGUGCACACAACAAAGACUACUGCAGCUGAUGGGCUUCUGUCGUGCGAAUUGGGAUCGGAUGCAGCGCUGCAACAAAGCCCCCAAACCCCCAUUGCGUGAGUGCAAUUUGCGAAUUGUUCAGAUUAUUGUUCCGCUUGUCAACCGCUAACGCCGAACAGCAUCCCAUUCCCGGGGGGAUACUGUUGGAGUACGGUUCAGUACAAGUACAGCUUACGAAUAAACAUGCCCCACGCAGGUCGGUGCUCUUGGGUUCUAGUAACAAUUCUUCACUUCGCCCAUCAUUAUGCGGCUUCCCCAGAAGAUCGAAUCGUAGGUACUGACGUGCCUCCCGAAAUUCCUCCAUCCGAAAUGCCGUUCGUGUGCUCCGUUCGUCUCCAAAGCGUCCACCGAUGCUGUGCCUCCAUCUUGAAUCCGAACUGGCUGCUAACAUCCGGACAGUGUACGGCCGACCUUGCGCCGGAUGCAAUUUCAAUCGUUUGCGGUAUCCGUAUGUAUCGAACGGUGGUGGAGAUUGCACUCCUUCCUUACUACCAACCGGCUGCAUCCAAACCGACGGCAAACGAUCUUGCACUGCUCCGAGUGGGAAGAGCACUCAGCUUUACGAGCAACGUGCAGCCCAUUCCAUUAUACGACGGGGUGGAAGUUUCCACAGGGACCGCAACCCUCGUCCGCUACGGACCAAUGGACGAACGGUGGAGUUGGUGGAAUUCAAAGCUUCAGCUGGCUGAGGUGUCGAUAUUAUCAGCCUGCGAAUGUCAGUACCGUCUGGGGCCUGCUCUGGCCCCCUAUCUCGAACCACGCAACAUCUGUACCGAUAACGGAUUUGUGACGACUAUGCCGCUAACCGCAACAGGUGGCCCGUCGUCGCGCUGUGUCGGUGAUUCGGGAGCACCGGUAAUGUUUGCUGCUUCCGAGCUGCAACCCUACACCCUGCUGGCGGUAACGGGCUGGACGGUCGCCCCUUACGGUACGGGCCCAUCGGUGCACGUUCGUGUUGCGCCGCAUCUCGACGGGAUUCUGUCCAUUAUCGGGGUCAAUUAACGCACCCGAUUAGGUGCCCCCGUUU